AUGGGGGAUCAACUACUUUUCGAAAAUCUUGACGAGAAGCUAGAAGAUGAAGAUGGAUUUAUUACUGCAAGUUGGUUAUCUAUCACUUUCGACUUGAAUAUAGAUGCAUCGAGACGUUUGAUGGCGGCAUAUAUCCAGGCACGUGACAACUUGGCAUCUGUAUAUCUACUGACUGGGAUCAGUAAACAAAAUGAUAUAUUAGUUAAGUUGGCCAAUUCAGACCAGUUAUCACUGGCUCAGAAGUCGUUCUCGUUUCCACCUAAAUGUGUUGUGUAUAGUAUACAACGCCGACAAUGCAAGGAUUCUUUAUCAUUGGCUUGCUACGAUUUAUUGCAUAAUAUUUCUACAGAUCAAUUAAAAAGAUUAACUAGUAUUCCGUGGGAUUCAUCUUCUGAUCCACUGACAUGUCGAGAAAAUCAAGAGACUGCACAAAAAACACCGGAACAUGUUGAUUCUCCUGUGUUACCGAGUCUUGCUACCAGUGGAUGCAAUAAGAAAAUUAAAACUUCAGAUUUCAAAAACUUUUUCAGUAAGAUUGAAAAGUCUGUCCAGGAUGAUAAAACGCUUGAAAAUUAUUUAGCAACAAACACUAAGAAUAACAUGAUUCCUAAGCCAGUAGAAAGUGGGAAACUGGAUGUAUCGGACGAAGACGAAGAAUUUGGUUUGAAAACCACAUAUUCUUCGCAAAAGCGGAAAUGUAUUGUCAUUGAAUCCGAUGAAGAAAAAGAAGAAAGUAGUACAGUGACUAAGGAUUGCGUGUCUACUAAUUUAUUUAAUUCUAAAGCAAGUACGAAACUUAGAAACAAUGAUAUACAGAAAAAGCGACCUACUCGCAGAAAAGAUAAACUGAAAGUAUUAGCUUCUGAUUCAGAAGCUGAUUCAUUUCUCAUGGAGCCUACACAAUCUGAAAAAUCACCCGACAAUGUUAAAAAAAUCGGUGUUAAAACUUUGUCAACACCGAUUAAGUGUGAAGAAAAUUCAAGAACUGAGAAAUCUAGCUGUGCUGCUGGUUUAAAUCGUAUUCGUCACCAAGUAAUGAAAACGUUUGCAGAUGAAGAUGGCUUUAUGGUUACGGAAAAAGGCUGGGAAUGUUCAUCAGAUGAUGAAACCCCUAAACCGACAACAGCACCCUCUCCUUGUAUGGAUCAAAAUGAGAAAAAUGAACGGGUUGUUCAACCGAAAAUUGAUAAUACUGUCUCUCUAACUGCACCACCAACGAUUCAACAGACUAAGCCACCCAAACAAUCAAACAAAAAGAACACGAAUAAUAAGCCGGCAGCUAGUAAACAAGCUUCAUUGUCAUCAUUUUUCAAGCCUAGUAAUACUGUAAACUAA